AGCUGUACCCUUCUCGCACACGCGUAAUGUCUGUUGGGCAAAUGAAACAUAAAGUGAGACUCGAUUGCGAAAUGUGUCGGUAUCUAGAAGGGAAGGGCAAAUACGUACGCCCCUGGUGCGAGCGAGAAAAAGCGACAAAGUGAAAGAGAAUCAGGCCAUUUUUGCCCCUUUUCGUUUACCCAGAAAGCGGUGCCACCGCCAGGUGUAGUUCGUUUUGCAAAUCUUUUGGCAGCAAGGAAACCACCAAACACCGUCUCAUCAUUGGAACGGAAGUGUGAAUUGGAAGAAAAGAAAACGUCACUGGUUCCUUCCAGCAGUCUCGUUGCACUUGUCGUCGUCGUCGUUGCUGAUCGUUGUGUAGCGAAACAACACAGCACGUACCACCACCACCAACGCUGCUCAAUAACCCAUUUGAUCUAGUUGUCUUGGAGUCAGUGAUAUUUUCAUAAAUACACUAGCAGAACCGGGCUGCUUAGACAUUUUAAAAGUUUGGUGUAAAAACAGAGCGUAGUUACUCGUACAUCAUCAUCAUGCAGCUGCUUUCUGGAUUAGUGAAAACAACCGUGCCCAACUACCUGUCCGGUUUGCCAAUUCCGGACAGUUUCGGAGGAUGGUUCCGGCUAGGUUUUAAGGAUUGGCUUUCGCUGGUACCACCAACGGCAGCCAUGGCCGGUGUCGUGUAUAUGUCAUAUUUGGCCUUCUGCCCGGAAGCUCGUCCCAAGCCCUCGAAGAAGGCAAACAACAAGAUCCGGCUGGAAGAAGCGAAAGUGGUGGACAUGAUCGACAUUGAGGAUAUUGCCGAAAAAGCAGCUUUCUGCCGCUGCUGGAAAUCCAACAACUGGCCGUACUGCGAUGGAUCACAUGGUGCCCACAAUAAGGAGUGCGGAGACAACCUGGGACCGGUGGUGGUGCAGCGAAAGAAGAACUAAGCUUGCACAUUCACAUUUACACAUCAUCAAUUAUUGCCCAUCUUAGCGCUAAAUGUGGCCAGUCCAGUGAUGAUGAUGUCCUAUUGGCCUAACCCUUAACCCGGUACCGAAAUUCAACGGUUAAAACCAACCCAAACCCAUUGGAAAGCGUGCUGUUUCUGUUUGCUCUUUCCUAAAAUUGAACAAUAUAGAGAAGAAGUGCAUUUGAGUAGAAAAUUGAUAAAAUCAAUGUUAGCUUCUAAAGACACAAAAGACCACUUCCUUCAUCAAGAGCUUAGUUACAAACAGCUUCUAUCAGAACGGUGCGUUUCAUAAGUUAAUAUAAAGUAGCUCAUUCUACCCAGAUCAUUCGAAACUGUUGUUUUCAAAUCUAAUCGCAUUUUGCUCCAAAACAAUAGAACUGUUACAUUAUUUCUAUUAAUAAAUUCUUUUCAACAGAUA